GCCGCUGGGUCGGAUGCGGGUGGGAGAGCAGCCGAGCCCUCUGGCCGUGCCCCGAGACUGCUUUUCCGAGAGGAGUCAGGCGUUUUCCUGCAGAACCGAGCCACCGGCUUCCCUCCACCCCUCCUUGUGCCCGGGGGCUCCAAACUUCGGCAGUUUUCGCAUGUUGGGCGGGAUAAUUUCUCGCUUUAUGUGUUUAUGGAGGGGCGGGGGAUGGGGGGUAACUGACCCUUUGCCCGAUGUUUAGCAGCAUCCCCAGAUCUUGCCUCCCAGAAACCAGUAGCAUCCUUUCUCGCUGGUCCAGAUCAGCAAAAGUGUCUCCAGAAUACUGUAACCCCUUAGCGAAAUCCGCUCUCUGCCUUCCUUCCCCCGGCUGGGCACCUGUGCGUGCAUCACAUUUUCACUGAGCUUCCACUGUAAGUUCGCUGGAGACGGGGCCGAGUGCGUUUAGUCACCGCGGAGCCACGCGGACCCCGAAGAGCGCUGGGUGCCGAGUAGGCGCCUCACACCCGGGCGCUGUGCCGGAUACUGUAUGAUAAUUGCCAUUGGUAUGAUAAUUGCAGUGGGAAGCACACAUCCUCUCCCUUGGCCUUUUCGAGCUGCAUUGUUCCUUGCUCGGCCCUCGGUGAGAAAGGAGCCUCUUCCGGACCGCCCGGCCAUUGUUGAUGCUCAGUCACUUGUACAGUGAAUGUAAGCGUGCAACACAAGGCAGGGUGUGCACAAAGGACCAAGAGAAUUGCUCAAGACUGUAAACUGGAUCCCUGGAAACCUUGAUAUUUGCCUGUGUUUAGUUCCUUUUGUUGGACUGUAUCUGAUACUCAAAAUAAUCUGUAGGGGACUGCAUCAAGGCUUGUGAUACACAGUGCAAGCUAUAGUACCCUGAACAAGAUGACAGCCAUUUUCCCAGGCCAUCCAGCUCUGGCCACAAGCAAACAAACCAAGGUCCCAGGAGUGAAUACUUCUGGGAACCAAGAAGCUCUCAUUAGAGGAGACACUGCUGACUUAGAGUCUUUCAGACAAAAGUUCAGGAGGUUUUGUUACUCACAAGAGGCUGGACCCAGGAAAGCCCUGAAUCAACUCUGGAAGUUAUGCAUUCAGUGGCUGAGACCAGACAUUCACACAAAAGAACAGAUUUUAGAACUGUUAGUGUUCGAGCAAUUCCUGACCAUUUUGCCUGGGGAGAUCGGGAUUUGGGUAAAGUCCCAGCACCCUAAGAAUAGUGAGGAGGUGGUGACGCUGAUAGAGGAUUUGACACAAACACUUGAAGAAAAAGAAGAUGCAACUGCUCAAGAUUCUGCUGCUCAACAAGAGGAUAACUCAGGAGAAGAUAAAGCAGUUGCUGUUUCAAGUACUGAGUCAUGUGAAUCCAUAGUGUUCAAAGAUGUGGCCGUGACCUUUUCCAGAAGAGAGUGGAAGAAGCUGGAACCUUUUCAGAAGGAACUGUAUAAGGAUGUGCUACAGGAAAACCUAAGGAACCUCGAAUUUCUGGGCUUUCCAGUUUCUAAAUUGGAUUUGAUUUCUCAGCUAAAAUGGGUUGAAUUAUCAAGACUAAUAGAAAAAGAACUCUCAAAAGACUCCAGGCCAGAGUGUGAGCCUAAAGGGGAAUUGCCGGUGUCGGUUCAAAACUGUAAUGUUUUUAUGGAAGAUUUAACUUUAGAGAAAAUAGUAGAAGAAUGUUUCAAAGAUGAUGGUUGUGGCCUGAUAGCAGAAUACUGGAAAUGUUAUGGGAAAUCCAAGGAAAAUCUUGACAAACAGGGACAUUCAAAAGCAUCAGUUAUACAAAAGAAUACUCACAGGAGAGACAAUCAGGGUGAAGAACUAGACCCAGAAAAGAGCCCCGUUGGAAAGAAACUCAAACGGACUUCUGACAAACUUAAACAUCUUAAAGCCUACUUAAAGAAGUCUAGAAAGUUUAAUGAAUGCAAGAAACCCUUCAGUUUUCAUUCAGAUCUCGUUCUGAACCAUAGAGAACAUACUGCUGAAAAGUCAGAGAAACACGGUGAAGCUGGAAAGGACCUAAAUUGCUCUUCAUCUCUCCCUGAACAUCAGAAAUAUAAGAAAAGUAAUUCGGGGACUAGAUCCCAGAAGUGCACUACGUGUGGGAUAACAUUUACACAACGUUCAUCCCGUUCUAAAACAAAAAGCUCUACCUGUCUAAAAUGUCAGAAGGAAUUACUAGGUGCAGCCUCAAAUAAAGAUGAGGGAACUAAAACUGGAGAAACUACUCAUAAAUGUAGUAAAUGUGGAAAAGCCUUUUGCUUUAGUGCUCCCCCCAGCAAAUACAGAAUUCACACUGGAAAGAAACCCUCUAUAUGUACUGAAUGUAGAAAAACUCUUAGUAGUAAUUCAUCGCUCAAGCCACAACACAAAAACCAUAAUGUAGAAAAGCCCCACAAAUGUGAUGAUUGUGGAAAAGGCAUCACCCUAGCUAAUGUCACUAAACAUCAAAGAAUUCAUAGUGGGGAAAAACCCUUUCAGUGUAAAGAGUGUGGGAGACCCUUCAGUGACAGUUCAUCUCUUUAUCAACAUCAGCGAAUUCAUACUGGAGAAAAACCUUAUAAAUGUAAUGAUUGUGGGAAAUCCUUCACUCAUAGCUCUUCCCUGUCCAAACAUCAGAGAAUUCAUACUGGAGAGAAACCAUAUCCGUGUGAUGAAUGUGGAAAAGCCUUUAGACAAGCUUCUUGCCUUAAACGACAUCAGAGAAUUCAUACUGGAGAAAGACCAUAUUUGUGUAACGAUUGUGGUGCGACUUUUAGCCACUUUUCAACUCUCCAUUAUCAUCAGAGACUUCAUAGAGGAGAAAAACCCUACAAAUGUGACAGAUGUGAGAAAGCCUUCUCUUCCCAUUCCCUUCUUAGUCGUCACAUGAGAAGCCAUACCGGUGUGAAACCUUACAAAUGUAAAGACUGUGGGAAAACCUUCAGUCAGAGUUCAUCUCUUAAUGAACAUUACAGGACUCAUACUGGAGAGAAACCCUAUGAAUGUGACUUCUGUGGAGCAACCUUUGCUCGGAGCACAAUCCUUGUAGAACAUGUAAAAAUUCAUACCAGAACAAGCGACCACGAAUGUAAUAAAUGUGACAAAAAAUUUAAAAGUAUUUCAAGCCUUAUGAGACAUCGGGUAUCACACACUAAAAAGUAGUUCUGCAAAUACAGGAAGAUGGGGCAGACGGUUGGAAAUUUAGUCCAAAUUACUGGAAAACCUGGGAUGUAAACUACCACAGCAUUGAUUAAUAACUGCAACUUCAGUGGGUUAGCAGCCAGAGAAAUUCUUCUCCAUUCACCCUUCUUCAUUUUAAGGAUGUCAUCUGUUGAUGAAUAGGAAUCGAGUUGAAAAAGCCAUGUGGAAAAUGAAGAAAAUAUGAGAUAUGAAACGAUUCUAAAAGAGACUUUCUUCAGAGGAUUUCCCUCUCUUGCUGUUCUUCCACGAUACUGUAUCAAGACGGAACGAACUUGACUGGAUUCACGUUAUUGUCUCAUAUUGCCAGCUUAUACUACAUAACCUUGUACAAGUCAUUUGACCUUUCUGAAUUUUAGGUUCUGUGCCAGUAGAGUGAAUGGAAUGGACUAAUGAUUUCUGAGGUGUUUGUUUGUUUGUCUGUUUGUUUUUUGGUACCAGUGAUAGAACUUGAGAUCUUGCGCUUGCAAGGCAGGCAGCGGAACCACUGAGCUAAAUCCCUGGCUUAUGUCUGAUAACUGUGAUGCUGUAGAGAUAUUCAUUUUUGAUUUUUUUGGAAUUUUCUUGUUUCUCUGAUAGAAAAUUGUUCUCUUGCAGGAUACUGGAUUUCUGCUUUAGUGAGAAUGCUGAAUACUUUUUAAACACUUAGUGCAGGAAUCCCUGGAAUGUGAUGGGAACAAGUCAGAGAAGCUCAAAUGAGUUUAUUUUCAGGGAAGUUCUAGUAAGAUAGAACACCCCAAACUUUAACUUUUGGUUAAAGGGAUUGAGAAUCCAAAAAACUUGAACUUGAGUUAACUCAGCGAUGAGAAUCUUAGGUCCCUGCCCCCAAAAUAGAUUGGGUGUGGAGAAAAGAAACAUAUGCUGAAAACAGCUGGCCUGAGUUUUCAUUUGCAACAUAGAAGUACAUAUUUUGCAAUUUGUGCCUGCAGCAAGUACAGUUUCCUGCAAUUGCAGUGUAAGCAUUCAGCAUGGCAAAGGUCAUAUCUCGUAGACUGGGUCAUAUUUUGGGUUGUCUGCACAGUGGACUUUUUGUAUGUAUGUAUGCUUAGUUGCCACUAUUUCAAGUUAGGGAAUUUCAUGUUAGAGUUUUUGCUUAAAAACAAAAUUACAAGGGCUGCCCAAACAGGGCUCACGUAUCCGUGGGGCACUCAGCUGGUUCUGAGUAGCUGUCUCCUUCAAAUGGAAAAUCUCUUUUACUUCAACUUCUUUCUUGUGUAUAACGCAACUUUCCCAUUGUAGGAAUUUGGUAUUUUAAUCCUCUACCAUCUGGAGAAUAUGUACACUAAAAUUAAAGAGACUCCAUUCGAUAGCUAGCCAAGUUCAAGGAAAGAAUGUAGAAAGUGAUAAAGAUGUUUUCAGCUCUAUUCGUGUGUGUGUGUGUGUGGAAUUAGCCCUACAAAGUACGAAUAUACCGGUAUUGAUGAAUAUUCCUUUAAAAUCACAUUAAUGAAGUCUGAAUAAUUUCUAACUGAAAAAGGAAUGAAAGACCCUGAGUGAGGUUUGGGUCUCAGGUCAUGGAGCUCAACAGGAACCCUCCUGAUUCAACAGUAUACAGACAUAAGUUAAUAAAGUUGAAAUUUGAGGCAGCUCCUCUAAAUUGAGCCUAUGGGAGUAAGACGAUCUUAAUGUUGAUCAAAGAUUCAGGAAUAUUUGCUGUAAUUUAUGUGCUUAGGUUUGAAAUGCUACCUCUCGAUGUAAGGUUUUUGGUUUCUUCUUUUUUUUUUUUUUUUUUUUUU